AGGGUGCGGUUUCUUGAGUCCAGCUGUAACCGGUUACCGGAGACUCUCAUUACACACGGGAGUGCUGUAUGGUCAAACACCACAACAAUUUCAGCGCACAGUUUUCUCCGGACCGGCUUUAUGAUUAAGCUACAAUCUUCAAUGAGUAAGCAUAUCCCACAGUUCUGUGGUGUUUUCGGUCACACAUUUAUGGAGUUUCUGAAGGGCAGUGGGGACUACUGCCAGGCUCAGCACGGCAUUUAUGCAGAGAAGUGAACGGUGAGCCUCGCUACCUCAUCGGAAGAUAGACUUGUGUUACAGUUUUAACGUUGGCGGGAACAGGCUUGGAGAGCGGGCGUCCACAGCAGUCGACGGGUCUGGAUGGGGUAAAAAAGAUCUCUUGAAGUGCACUGCCCUUGCCGGCCCUGCGUCUUCACUCUCACCCUCACCAGAGGACCAGCCUUGUUUUCUAAAAAUUGUUUUUCCUGUUUGUUUUUUUUUCUUCAUUUUUCUCACUCUUAAUCCAACCCACCUCCACCAGGUCAUAGCUCUUUCUCCUGAUUUUAUCCGCCAAUUUUUGUUACAGGAGAGCGUUUCUCCCAUUAGUUUUUAAAGAUUCUGAAGCCAUUCUGAGUAGUCAAAAAUGGCUCGUAUAAAUCGACCUGCCCCAGUUGAGAUCACUUACAAAAACAUGAGAUUUCUCAUUACCCACAACCCCACUAAUGCAACUCUUCACAAAUUCAUUGAGGAACUGAAGAAGUAUGGGGUGACCACUGUUGUUAGAGUUUGUGAAGCCACGUAUGAUGCAAACAUGGUGGUUAAAGAAGGGAUUCAGGUUUUGGAUUGGCCCUUUGAUGAUGGAGCUCCUCCCUCUAACCAGAUCGUUGAUGAUUGGUUAAAUCUGCUUAGGGUUAAGUUUAGGGAUGAGCCAGGCUGCUGUAUUGCUGUACAUUGUGUAGCAGGCCUUGGAAGAGCCCCAGUGCUAGUUGCCCUAGCCCUGAUUGAGUGCGGGAUGAAAUACGAGGAUGCUGUUCAGUUCAUACGGCAAAAGCGCCGUGGUGCAUUUAACAGCAAGCAGCUCUUCUAUCUGGAGAAAUAUCACCCCAAAAUGCGACUUCGCUUCAAGGAUCCCAACGGCCACCGCAACAACUGCUGCAUUCAGUAGAAGUUUGUGGAUCAGCCUUUCUAAAAUGUGUAAUCGGAAUCUGCAUCUAACAUGAGUAGUUUGUUCUCUUAAUUGGUUACUAUGAGAAUACCGUUACAAAAAUAUAUCUUAUUUCAUUGCAAGUUUUUUUUUUUUUUUUCUGUUUUACAUUGUUCCUGUGGAGAACGUCUGUGAGCAAGUUAAAGUGCUUAUUUGCUUGUUUUUAAAGGGCAGUUAAACAUGAGCUAGGUGUUUGCAAUGAAGUUUUUAAUGGUUGGUGAACAUGGUGAAUUCCACCAUUGCCAAACACGUAGUAUGCUUUUGUCUAAAUGGUUUAACAAAAAAGAAUCUAUAUAUACAUUUAUUAAUUUUGUGUUAUUGAUGAAUUUUAGUCUAUCUGUAAUAAAUGCCUGCCUCCAAAAAAAUCUCAAAUAAAUGCCUUAUUACAGCAGAAAGACAGCGUUUAGUGGGGAGGUUGUCAAUGGCAUUGGAGAGGUUUCUCAAUGAGCGUGUACAUGCACAGCUAUACGCUGAUAACAAUCACAAAUCAGCUUAUUCAAAAAACCGACAACGUAAGAAACCUGUGUUUACAUAAGAUUUGAAAUAAUCUGAUUAUUCACUGCUUUUGACAUCAAAGUGUAAACAGGCAUGCGCACAACACUUGCGCACAUUGGAUAAGCCGCUAAGAAUGGCAGUAAAUGUGUUUACAUGCAACGCAAAAUCGGGGCAAUGAGCAAACAUCUAUGCGUUUACAAUUUCAGUGGUUUACACCAAUUUCGCUCUGCAUGGAAACACAUUUACCAGGGUUCUUGCUUGCUUAUCCAUUUUUACGUUUUGACGUCAAAAGCAGAGCGCUUGGCCAAUGUGUUACCAAUGCACGGUCCGGUUGAACAUACUUAACAUGCAUUCUUGCAUUACUAUGGUGGUAAAAACAUCAGUACUUAAGGGGUCGAUAGUUACCUUCAAAAGUCUGUGCCAUUAAACUGGAUGUGUUGUUAUUCAGGUAAUUGCUAUAAAUGUAUUGACUUUAAUUCACUCGUUCAGCUAUAUUCUUUUUAAACUGUUGCUCUGCCAUGACAGCAGUUGGCUUAAAAGAGAAAACUGACCGUAGAGGCGGACAGUUCCUACUAUUGUCUGUUAUACCGGCAACGUUGAGACUGUCACGUGUACUAACUACGCACAAAUUCGAGCUUGAGUAGAUAGAAGCAUCUGCAUUCAUGUACUUGAGAAGAUUGUUUGCCCCUUAAAGUAACUAGCAGUCAGUAACUUUUUGUUAGUGUCAUCUUGGACUUAGUGACACCUAGUGGUGUGGAUGCAGCAUCAUUCAAAAUUAAUAGUCUUCAGUUAAAGAUGCCAUUGUAGAAAUUCACAGUCAGCCAUGCAUAAUUUAAUCCAAGAGUGUAAGUGUCUAAUAACAAGAUGGUUACUGAGAUUAAGCGAGUAGUAUUCAGCUGGUCAUGUGAUUCUAAAAUGGCAGCACCCAUGAGGGUGCCCCUGCCCCAUGUAGAAUAAAACAGCUUUUUUAAGGUUAGUGAUAUGACUAGAGUCCUCAUCUCACGUGAGUGGUCAUGAUUUUAUACAUUUCAGAUCUCAUGUAAAUUGUUGCCUGAUUUUUUUCUUAAGAUGAUUUUUAGUAGUUAUCAGCAUAUUGGUGUGCUUGUAAACACAGUCCAUGUCUUUUGCAGGAAAAAAAAAAAAAACAGGAAUAGAGGAAAUUAAAAUGUCUUUAAAUAAAUAUAAUGAAGGUUGGAGUACUAGUUUUUGUUGUUUAUCCUAACUUUGUUUACCUAUUACUGCCAUGUUAAUAGUGUGAUGUUUGUGUUUUGACUUAAAACUGGACCUCAAAUUUGGUGGCAUUUUUAGGCCUUUUAAUUUGAUGUGCGUAACUUAAUAUUUCUAUACUUUUUAUGUACGGUAUUUGAAAAUGUGUACUGUAAAAUCACCUAUUUAUAUCAAUGGAUAUGUUUUACUAUGGUGAAAGAAGUUGCAACAUUUUUGUCAAUUUAAGAGUAAAAUAAACAAGAUACACUGAAGGAA